AUUGACCAGGAUGGGCUCACCUUGCCGGAGAGGACCCUGUACCUGGCUCAGGAUGAGGAGAGUGAGAAGGUCCUGGCGGCCUACAGGGUGUUCAUGGAACGCCUGCUCAGCCUGCUGGGCGCCGACUCCGUGCACCAGAAGGCUCAGGAGAUCCUGCAGCUGGAGCGGCGGCUGGCCAACAUCACGGUGUCGGAGUAUGAUGACCUGCGGCGGGACGUGAGCGCCAUGUACAACAAGGUCACGCUGGGCCAGCUGCAGAAGAUCACCCCGCAUCUGCGGUGGAAGUGGCUGCUGGACCAGAUCUUCCAGGAAGACUUCUCGGAGGACGAGGAGGUGGUGCUGCUAGCCACCGACUACAUGCGGCAGGUGUCCCAGCUCAUCCGCUCCACGCCCCACAGCCACCCGGGCAGGCAGGAGGGGGCACUGAACAGGAGCCCAGAUCCCUAG